CUGAGCGAUCGAGAGUGGAUUUUGAGGCGAGGGAGAGAGACAAUGUUCAGUAUCUCGAAAAGCAUCCGACACGAAACAAGCGCCCAGUCGAAUUUAUCCAUUAAGGAAGAAGAAGUUUGGAAAAGAAUAAAAAAAAAAGAAGUGAGAAGUUAUUUUUUUUAAAAAAGGUGAAAUUUCUCCAAACAACGAAUCUACAAAGUUUUUCUUACGCAGUCCAAUGACAAGUGUUAAUUUUUAAGGCAAAGUUAUGAGCCGUGAUAGUGAGAAGAAUCUGUUCUAAACGAGCGAAAAAGGAAGAAUCUCUCCCGGGAGAGCUACAAAGGAAAGCAAAUAGGAACCAAAUGUGAUAUUUCUCUAGUAUUCUAUACAAAUAAAAAAAAAAUUAAUAAUAACUUAUUGUGAUUAAGUGGUCAAGCUGUAAAUUAAGUGUGCAAGAGAUCAAGUGUAAUAUUGUAAUUUUUUCGUGAGUGCAUGUGAGUGUGUGCGCAAUGGCCGAACAAUCGACUGGAGGUGGUCAGAAUGGGGAAGUUAAGAAGGCACCUGCUCCAACUGCCGGAGGUCUUGGGAUCAUCCGGGAGAGGAGUUUUGUACGUACGCCUAAUCACCAGCAGCAGAUGAAUGCCAAACGCCGGAGUCUCAUGCAGCUCCAUCCGCAGCAUCAGCAGCAGCAGCAGAUGCGUGUAAAACCCGCCCUUGAGAUCUAUAGGCCACCCAACGUCCGCAUCGAUGGACUGUCGCAGAAUAAGCUCAAUGUGCAUGCGCAGGAAUUCACAAUGAACAGGUCUGGCGUAAAUAUGUUUACGCCUGCAGGAAAUAACCUGCAGCACUCCAAGUCGAGCAGCAAUAUGCAGCAGCAGCAGCAGCAAUUUGGCGGAAGACCCCAUCCACAGAUGACUCUUAACAACCUCACAGGACACCGAACGGCUAUCCUACUGUCACAUCCACUUCAGAUGGGACAGCUCAAUAUGGGCAUGACGAUGCAAGGGUCACAGAUACCCCUCGUCAAUUCCCAAUCCAGCGGAAAUAUCUUGCAUAUUUUGGGACCUGCUCCAAAUUCAAGGAACAAUUCUCGGCCGCGUUUUACUGCUUUCAUGGCUUUUCUUACUGAGAUGUUCUGUCAGAUGAAGAGACGACAGCUUCAAUUACGCACCCAGUGCGAUGGAGUUCCACCCACUCUUGUCCUGCUCACGCUUCUGUCCAAGUGCUGCGAAGACGCUGUGCGUCCACCAAUAAGAUCUCUCUCAGAGAUCGAGUGCCUGUUUUACGUGUUGACCUGCAUUGGGCGGGACCUGGAGAUGCAUUUGGCACCUCAACUUGAGUCUCUGCUAGCAUCAGUACGCGAUGCCUUCUUAAAUUCAGCCUCCUCGUCUCCAGCAAUCCGUCGGACACUUCUGCAGCUGAUUGAGCUGCAGGCGUCCCGAUGGCAAUUGCCUGGAAAUACCGUCCUCUACUACUAUCCUUCGUCGAAAUGAUUCGGUCAACUCUCUUUCACUACGAUUUAAAGGCAUUUAAAUCAAAGCUAUUCUUCUCCCCAUGAUGGAGCUAUUUUCUUGCGUGGAAUGCAAGAAAAUACCUCUCUUUUGAGCGAAAACACAAGAUCAAAUGAGCGUUAAAUUGGCAAAGUGAAAAACCUCAUUAUAAUCUUGGUGUAUGUGUGUACCAAUGUGUACAAAAAAAAAUCUGAGCUGAUGAACAAAAAGGUGUGUAAUAUUUACAAUUUUUAUUAUGAAUUAUUGCAUAGUGAUAGCGAAAGUUUCAAAUCUCAGAGAAUUUUCAUUUUUUAUUAUUACUUUUUUUUGUGCAAAGGAAGAAGGAAUUGUCGCUAAAAGCUACAUUUUAUACUCACAGAAAACAAAUCUACACUCUCUUUUUUUGUGCCAUUAAUUGCUCUUUGUAAAAAAAAAAGAAUAUUUUCUGAAUUAUGCUAUGUAUCUCUUUUAGCUCCCUAGUCAUAAUGUAAAGUCAUGAAGUAUGCCAUAAAUAGUCUUUUGAAUUAAUUUAAUUUUUCCUUCAAAAAGAAAAAAAAAAGAAAAACAGAAAAACAUAAUUUACAAACUUAUAAACUUUUUUUUCGAAUAAAUUAUUUAAUUAUUCAACA